CCUGCCGCUGGGACCUCUGCGAGACCUACUGCCAACGAACGGCGGCCUAGCUAUGGCAAAUCCCGGCGAGACAAGCCCCGUCUUGGACUUGCGCCUGAUCAGCCUCUAACCACGCAAGGCAAGCCACGCUGCCGUGUAUAUGUAGCGUGCGUACAAUGUCGUAGCCGCAAAAUCCGCUGCGACGGCGCAAAGCCGGCAUGCCACAACUGCGGCCGCCGCACCGACCAGGGCAGUCCCUGCACCUACGACACCGAGCCCAAGCGUCGAGGACCCGACAAGACGCCUGGGGCCAGGCAGAGAUCCAUGACCGCCGGCAAGGAGGAGGGCGAGCCGAAAAAAAGGAGCCGGAGGCGGACGGUCGAUGGCCCAUCUCCCGCGAGCUCUGCAGAUCCCAAGGGCAAGGCGCCUGCGCAGGACCCUUUGCCGCUGACAGCGCGCUCGUUGCCGUCGCCGGUUAGUCUGAGGGCGCUGUCAUCCCCGACGGGCGUGCGUCCCAUCGCAGCGGCGUCGCAGGGUAGUACCUCAGGGUCGCAUGAAGGAUAUGCGCCGGGCAGCGGCGGUGCGCACAGCCUGGCGCCGGGUUCGAAUAUGGGCACGGCGUCGACGUCCAUGCAACCUAUGCCUGUGUCACAACCACACGUCAUCGAGAGCGUGGCUUAUCCGCAGGUACGUACGCCGCUUCCGUCACCCUGUACGGCAGCUCAAUUAUCUUUAGACGCAUCGCUGAUGCAGCAAGGGCACCCCUAUGGCCAUCGACAACCGGUCAAGCUCGAGAUCCCUGCCGAGCCGUCUUCACGGUACGCCCGCGAGACGUGGUGGGACGUCGUCCUCAGCCUCUACUCCGCCUCGUACGAGUACCCGAACGGAUACCCCGCGCCACUCCCUCCCGGCAUGCGCGCCACCGCCACACAGCUCGUCCACGCCGACCUCCACGUGCUCUUCCGCUACAGCUCGUACUGGCUGUCCUUCCUCAACAUCCCGCGCCUGCUCCGGCGGCUGCGCGACCCCGAGGGGCGCGCGAGCCUGCAGCCGAGCUUCGUGCUGGGUGCGCUCGCGCUCGCGACGUUCUUGCAGAGUUCGGACAGCGAGCAGGGCAAGGGCGCGGCGGGUCGCGAACGCGCGCUCAGGCUGAAGGACGAGGCGCAGGGCGCGCUGCAGGCGAGCCUGGCAUCGCGGUGGAUCGAUGAUAACUUGGUUCAGGCGGCUUGGAUUCUCGCGUUCUUUGAGAUCUGUGCGCACCCGUUGCACACCACGGAGCGGGUGCGGAGCGCUGUCUCCAUGCUCGACUCCCUUAUUCGCUGCCUCAACCUGGCUCUCGUCGACGCGGACGACCCGCGCGUGACGAUAUUCACUCCUCACUCUGCGCCCGUCGUCUCCUCGUGCCCACCGCAACAGCGACACCGCGACCCUGCGGAGUUCUUCACAGCCCAGCAGGCGCCGCCGAUACCUUUGUCGUCCAACGUACAGACGACGUGCUGGUGCGCGAGCUACACGCUCGGACACAUGUCGCCGGACACCAUAGAGCUCGCGCCGCUGUGGAGCCACACCGCUGGCUGGCUCGCCGACUGGACGGAGGGCGACAUCCGCAAGGAAGAAUGUCGGAGGCUCAUCUGGAGCAGCGUGAUACUCAUCGCGGGCUACGCGUCGUACAACACGGCGAUAGGGAAAUCCUUGCCGGAGCUGUCGCUCAUGGACCCUGCAAGCAUCGCAGUGCUCUUCCCCGGCGAGUCCCUCUUUCCGCCGGGCACGCACCACUCGAAGGACACCGUAUGGGCGCUGUACAUGCGCUCGCUCCUGACGUGGAACAGCUGCGUAUAUAUGCGCAACGACGCGAGCAUGAGCGACGCCGAUAAGGCUCAGUACGCCAUGGACUCUUGGCUCGAGAUCGACACGAUCGAGGUCGCGCUCAGCCGGCAUACGUGCAACAUCGAGCGGACCUUCAUGUUCGUCAGCCGCGACUAUUUAUUUAUAUCUCGUCUGUAUCUUUAUUAUGAGCUGCAGCGGCUAGUACCGCACAUCCAACUGAACGCACAGCAUCUGCGCCAGAAGGCGGACGAGUGGUUAACACACCAUGACUCUAUGGCGAGGCGCACCAUGUACGGCUUACACACUAUCACUGGGCAGCCGACGAGCUCCCUUUCCGGCCGGCCCUUCUACGUCUUCUGGUUCAUGGGGCAGAUAUCAAGGAUGAUCGCACUGUGGUCCUCCGACCAUACGUUACUCAUUGCACUGCAAGCGUGCAAGUCGCUAUUUGCACCCCUGGAGUACCUUAUAGCGCUGUGGCCUUGUCAAGAAACCCACAGGCGGUGUGACCAACUCCGGGAACGGCUGGUAGCGGCUUGUCAACUAGUUUCCAUCUCUCCCCCUGAACCAGCGCCCCUUACGGCACGGUUCCUCAGUGGCACAAUCUGAGUCCGGCCGCUGCUACUACCGCACUCGUUCCCUAUAUCCCUCCCCACAUAUUCCCAUUACUAUCCCAAAAUUUACGCAAGAAGUUCGUAUGUAUGUCUUGCAUGGUACAUUGGAAUCAACUCUGGGCACCUGGAGCGCCUGAGACAUCCUACUGUACUAGCUCACGCCCUCUCAUUUAUGUAUCACUGCAUGUCGCACACACUAUGUAUGGCUGUACAAGCCCCACAGUAACAUAGGCUCUGAAUACCAUUGCGGGAGUUCUCGGAUGCUCCUCGCCCUUACCCGUGA